CACGAACUCUGACCCAACUUCAGUGUUGUUUCCUUGCGUGUUGCUAGGUGCUUGUAUCUACUAGAUGAUAAUAAUAAAAGGAAGGACACAUACAGUUCUUUCUGUGAGGGAGGGGUGGGCGAGGGGAAGGGACUCCCAGUCACCGGAGUCACCCAGCCGGCACCGAGGAGACAAGAGGCAGUGGUAGUCUCCGUGGAAACAGCCCGUCUGUCAGUCGCAUCGAUCUGAGAACGCCAGCCAGUAGUCGUGCAUGUCAUUACAACGUAGUCUCGCGUCAGGCACGUGAGAGCGAGCGCGCGCACACAUACACACACGCGCGCACGCAGCCAGCUCCCGACUGCUGCCGCUGCUGCUGCUGCUGCCGGUGUUGGUGGAGCUGGCGUUGUUGCGUGUUGUUCCUCCUCGUCUUCAGCUGACUUGGGUAUUAUCAGUACUUCCGAGCUGUACAAAAGAAGAUAGAUGUGUGUAGAUGCUGGAAGCCGAUCGUGCAUUCAGCCUCCGAGCUCUGACCUCUCGUGUGUCAGUCUCUCUCUCUGCGAGGUUUCACUUUCCUACCUACCAUACGCCAGGGAAUCGUGACACCGCUAGUGGAGUGUUUCAGUCAAGAAGAAGAUAAGAAGAUCAGGUACCAAGCUUCGGAGGUUUGAGUUCUCUCUCUCUCGUUUACGGAGCUAGCUUUGUGUGUUUCAUCAUCUUCGAUGUUAUCGUCGAUCAUCUAUUGUACGCGCACGUGUCUGUGUGGGGAGCAUGAGGAGAUAACAUCACCGUGAAGGAGAAGAGGAGAGUUUCAAGACGAGACCGUGUGUGUGUGUGUUGAUGACGACUUCGGUGACGUGUGCGUCUGCGGGUCUGUCCGCGGCAGGCACGUCUGGAAGGCGGUGGUGCAGUGUGACAAGUCUUGUGCUAAUCCAUUUGUGACAUCCGCCGCCCGCUCGGUCCCCUCCUGCCUGCCAGAUGACUGGGGAAAGCUGGGGAAAGCUGGGCAGGUGGUGGUUCCGGUCGCUGUCUCAUGGCCCCUCCAGCGGCAAGGACAGCCUGAAGAAGUGGCCUAGGUUGGGGGGGAAAGCCCCCUGAGAAAUCCUGCCUGUGUGUGUGCGUGCGUGCGUUUGCGGUAGCAAGUGUGGUCACCUGCUGAAUCCACAUUUCCAUUCUCAUCAUGGCGAACGCAACCGAGGAAAUGGUGUGCACCAAAGAUCGUCUCUGGCAUUCUUUCCUGGCUUCCAGUCUCAUCACCUUCGGCGUGGGGCUGGUGGCCAUCUUGGCCUACCGCCUGGUCGCCUGGUUGUGUUGUCGCAAGAAGAAGAGUGUGCAGGUUUUCAACAAGAACAACCCCAAGCAAGCCAGCGGGGUGGCGGGCGACCAGGCCGGGGGACAACGACAAGGGGCAGGCUCCUUCCCCAACAAGACGCCGGACCCGGAGAUCGGGUGGAUGACAGAGGCCAAGGACUGGGCGGGAGAACUGAUCUCGGGUCAGACUACCACGGGUCGCAUCCUGGUCGGGCUGGUGUUCUUGCUGAGCAUAGCGUCCCUCAUCAUCUACUUCGUCGACGCAUCGACAAAUGAAGGAGUGGAGACCUGUCAGCCCUGGUCAUCUAGUACAACACAACAAGUGGACUUGGCUUUCAACGUCUUUUUCAUGAUUUACUUUUUCAUUCGGUUUGUUGCUGCAAAUGACAAAUUAUGGUUUUGGCUGGAGCUCUUUUCCUUCGUGGACUAUUUUACCAUACCACCAUCUUUUGUUGCUAUUUAUCUGGACCGCAACUGGCUGGGUUUAAGGUUCCUGAGAGCCCUGCGCCUGAUGUCCAUUCCAGACAUCCUGACCUAUCUGAACGUGCUCAAGACGAGCACACUUAUUCGCCUUGUGCAGCUCAUCACCUACUUCGUCUCCCUUUGGUUGGGGGCCGCGGGAUUCCUGCAUCUGAUUGAGAACUCAGGGGAUCCCUUUCACGACUUCUCUAAUACCCACAACCUGACUUACUGGGAAUGUCUGUAUUUCUUGAUGGUCACUAUGUCCACCGUGGGCUACGGAGACAUCUAUGCAGAGACCGUUCUUGGUCGCCUAUUCAUUAUCUGUUUCAUCCUCAUCAGCAUCGCUUUAUUCACCAGCUGCAUCCCAGAGAUCGCCGAAAUCCUGGGCAGACGUCAGAAAUAUGGAGGAUCGUACAAAAAAGAAAGAGGAAAAAGACAUGUUGUAGUUUGUGGUCACAUUACAUAUGACUCUGUGCUCAACUUUUUGAAAGACUUUCUUCAUAAAGACAGGGAAGAUGUUGACGUUGAAAUUGUGUUUCUUCACAAAGGUUUGCCUGACUUGGAGCUCGAAGGCAUCCUUAAGCGACAUUUCACACAAGUGGAGUAUUUCCAGGGAUCUGUUAUGGAUGCCAAUGACUUGGAAAGAGUUAAAAUACGACAAGCAGACGCCUGCCUGGUGCUGGCCAAUAAAUACUGCCAUGACCCAGACCAAGAAGAUGCUGCUAACAUCAUGCGAGUAAUUUCUAUCAAGAACUACCACUCGGAGAUCAAAGUUAUUGUACAGCUUUUGCAGUAUCACAACAAGGCGUAUCUACUCAAUAUCCCCAGCUGGGACUGGAAGCGUGGUGAUGAUGCUGUGUGUGUGGCUGAGCUGAAGCUGGGCUUCAUUGCUCAGAGUUGUCUGGCACCAGGAUUCUCCACGCUAAUGGCGAACCUGUUCACAAUGAGGUCUUACAAACCUACCCCCGACAUGCCCCAGUGGCAGACUGAUUACAUGAGGGGAACUGCGAUGGAGAUGUAUACUGAGUACCUUUCUAGUGCCUUCAAUGGCCUCACCUUUCCUGAGGCAGCAGAGCUGUGUUUCACCAAACUCAAACUUCUGCUCGGUGCUAUCGAGGUGAGGCAGGAAGACACUCGAGAGAGCACUCUGGCCAUCAACCCAGGGCCAAAGGUCCGUAUCGAAAAUGCUACUCAAGGCUUUUUCAUUGCUGAAUCUGCAGAAGAAGUGAAAAGGGCGUUCUACUACUGCAAAAACUGCCAUCGUGACGUCACAGAUGUACGGGCUAUCAAGAAGUGCAAAUGCAGGCCUUUAGAAAGAGCGCUGACUCACCGCAGACCUCUUCCUUCACAUUCUUUUGUCAGUCUUAGAUACUUUGAAGCUCUUCAGAGAGCUGAUCCAGGCCUAGGUGAGACUGGUGAAAAGAAGGAAAAGGGAUCAUCUGCCAAAACUGAUGCUGGACGAGCUGCAGCUGUUCUUGCUGCAGCCACUUCUAUGCUGCCUGCAAGUGGUCGCAGUGCAACAGCACCUCAGGAUUCAGUUCGUGAUUCCAUGUCUCUGCACUCUACUUCAGAAGCUCCUAUGACACCAGUGGAUGAGCCUUGCAAGUUUGAUUCUACUGGCAUGUUUCACUGGUGCCCAGACAGACCAAUUCACGAAGUUGUCAUGGAUCGCAAUCAGGCUGUGCUAACAGGUUUGUCCAACCAUGUGAUAGUGUGCCUGUUUGCUGAUGCCAACUCUCCUUUGAUUGGCCUUCGUAACCUUGUGAUGCCCCUGAGAGCCAGUAACUUUCAUUACCAUGAACUGAAGCAUACAGUCAUUGUGGGCAACCUAGAAUAUCUACAGCGAGAAUGGAAGACACUUCAGAACUUUCCUAACCUGUCCAUCUUGCCUGGGUCACCUUUAAACCGAGCCAACCUUCGGGCAGUGAACAUCAACUUGUGUGACAUGUGUGUCAUUGUGUCAGCAAAGGACAAAAACUUGGAUGAUCCUAACCUUGUAGAUAAGGAAGCUAUCCUGUGUUCCCUCAAUAUUAAAGCUAUGACCUUUGAUGACAGCAUUGGCCUUCUCCAGGCAUCUGCCCAUACUCCAGCAUUUAUGCCGCCUGGCUUCUCUCCUCUUGGAAGCCUGUCGACAAUGAGCCGUAGGGACUCGGUUUCAGGCUCUAACAUUCCUCUUAUCACAGAACUGGCAAAUGACUCAAAUGUACAGUUCUUGGAUCAGGAUGACGAUGAUGAUCCAGACACAGAACUCUACAUGACACAACCUUUUGCUUGUGGAACAGCUUUUGCUGUCAGCGUCCUUGACUCUCUUAUGAGCACAAGCUACUUCAAUGACAAUGCCUUGACCUUGAUACGGACCUUGAUCACUGGUGGUGCCACACCAGAACUUGAGCAGAUUCUUGCUGAAGGAGCAGGCAUGCGUGGAGGCUACUGUACACCAGCUGUGCUGGCUAACAGAGACCGCUGCCGUGUCGCACAGCUAACCCUUUUUGAUGGGCCUUUCAGUCAGUUUGGGGAAAAUGGAAAGUAUGGAGAUCUUUUUGUGUAUGCCUUGCGAAACUUUGGUAUUUUAUGCAUCGGACUAUAUCGAUUUCGUGACACAAAUGAAUCAGCGAAGAGUCCUUCAUCAAAGAGAUACGUCAUCACAAACCCUCCUGCAGACUUUCAACUUUUACCCACUGAUCAGGCCUUUUGCUUCCAGCCUUUCAGUUACAAUGAAGGUGUGAAAAAGACACGUAAAAGAGGUCCCAGAAAUGCCCGCCAUGAAUCAGAUACUUGAUUAACUUUCUAAAACUUUCUGUCUUAAUCGGCUUGAACACAUUGACAGGAAUUUCCUGAAAAUACUGUUACGCUGGAAAGUGUUUUUUUCUCUCGAAAUAUUUUACUUGUGAAUGUAUACAACCAUUUUUAACUGCACAAGAGCAUAUGUGUGUGUGGAUGCAUGUGGGGUGUGGUAAGUCUAUCAUGACAUUAAUCUGCUAGGUGCCAAUACCCAGGAAAUCUUGUCAAAGUCUGAAAUGUUUUAAACUUUCAGGAUUUGGCACCUGAUCCAGUAAGCAAUGGAGAUUUACUUUAAAAGUUUUUAGGAGGGAGGUGAAGUUAAAAAAUAAUACUGAACAAAAAAGUACUAAGGGAUGCUGAACACACUAAUCAGAGUAAUAACACUGUACACCAUAUUUAGAAACACACUGUCAAAAUCUCUGGAAGAGUGUGAAGAAUAGCUAAAAGAUUAGGGACAGUUGGUUGCAAGUACUUUUUUUAGAAAGUUCAUAUUCCUGGAGCCUUUUUUGUGGGCCUAGGGUAGGGUGAGACAGCAUUGCCAUUAAAGGGUUUUGACUAACAGGAUUAUAAUUAUUGUUGAUACUUUACUGUCCUUUGAUUAGAUGUUCUUAUUUUAUUUUCUAUGUAGAUUAAUUUAUCUUAGCACAUUGAUUUUGUUGGAUAUAUUCUUGUCUAAUUUAAUUACUUGUGCAGAUGUUCUAUGCAUGAUUCAUAAGUUUCAUUUUUCAAAACUGCACAGUCAUAAGUUUAUUUUACUAAUUACUUCUUGAAUUUUUAACUAUAUAUGGCUGUUAACAAAUUAUUUAAUAAUCCAAUUUUCAUAUUUUGGGGCCCCCCAAAAAAAGCUAAACAGGGUACACAGUUUUUAAAACUAUUGUGGUAUUAUUAAUGCUUCCUUUUUUUUUUUUUUUUACCUUGCUGUACCUCGUAGUCUCCCUGAUUAUGUGAGUGAGUGUUCUAAAAGCAAUUUUUGUGAUACAAUAUACAUAAAAUACUAUGCCAUGUUUGUGCAAUACAAAGAAUGAUAGUGAGGAAGAGUGGUUGGGGGGUUGGGGGCAGGGAGGUAGUACAACAGAUAAGAAUACAAAGUAACAGGGCCGUUCUGUGGGUAAUAGAAACACUACAACACAGCAAAAAAGUGAGUUUAAAAGUAUAUGUAUAACAGAUGCAAUUUAUAACACAUUUGUUAAAAAGUGCACAAGAUGAAAGUAAUAGAUUGAGGAGAAUGGCAAACUGUGAAAUAAUCAAAACUAAAUGACUCGAAGUAAAUGAUAGUUUAUUCAUGCAGAUUCUAAAUUAUCACAAAGACUAUUUAGUUCUAGCAGUUAAUGUAUGCUCACAAGAGUAUGAGUGAAAGAAUGAGUAGACUUUACGAUGAUUAGAAUAACAGUUUCGAAUUGUUUUAACACCUCACCCUUUUUGUAAAUAUUUCUGUUGGCCUUUAAAUUACUCCUAAACUUCCUUGCAAGAUCAUGGUUCUGCAUUUCUCAAACCAUUCAACCCACCCAUCACCACUGAAAUUCCUUGCUGAACACUGAAAACUGUGUCAUGUUCUUGGAAUGAACUUGUAAAUUCAGAUGUUGAAUCAUUCCCAAGGUUUAUACCCCACAUUCUGCUUGAUUUUUGAUUGUUGUGUGUGGUCUCUCCAAUAUUGCUGCAGCCUAAAUUCCUGUUUGUGAUUAUAAAAUGUGAUUUUGGAUAGCUACCAAACACAGAUCAAUUGAGUCGUUCCCCAUCUUUCUUUCAUGCAAUGUCAAUAGUUUACAACAUGGCUAGAUUAACAUACCAGCUCUCUGCAUUCUCAGAAUGCAAAGACAAAGUUUGACCUAGGAAUAGAUACCAAACUCUUUAUAUUCCUGUUUAUAACAGCAUUAUCCCUUUUAAGUAUUAUUCUAGCUUGGGGAGAUGAUUAUGUAACUUUCAUCUAUACAGCCAUGGAAUGGAGCAGGACAUGACUCCAAAAAAUACUACACAUACCCUCUUCUCUUAAGAUUGUGUUACUGGUCUUCAUUUGAUGUUCUAGUGGUGUUCUAGCUUCUUGCUCUGAAAGGUCCAUUCCCAAGCCAACUUCAUCCUGAGAUUACUCCUGUCUAUAACCCCAGUCUCAUUUCUUGUGGUGAUCUGGCCUCGUUCACUGACCUACUCUUGGUCUUGUAGCUUAGCAGAUAACCUUUUUCUAUUGAUGGUCUCUGAUUUAGCUUAUAUAUUGUGAAUAAUACUUUAGAGCAUAAUAAGUUUCAGAAAACUAACAUGUUUAUCUGCUUUGUUUUUUCUGAGGUAUGGCACACUAGUUGUUAAGUGCUAUCUGGCUUGAUAACAUGAAACAGCUUUAAUAGUGACAUAUAUGCUCAUUUGAACUCAUUGAUUAACAUAAAACAUGAGUAGCAUCUAGCGACUAGUCCUGUAAUAAUGCAAAGAUGGGAAAGAUGUGUCUUUUUCUAUUCUAGAUGAUGUUUUGAUAAUUUAGUAUUUUCUGAUGUAAAUAUGCACCAAUUUUUUCCUACCAUUGAAUUACAGGAUUUGAACAUUUUUAGAGUCUAGGGCAGUGAAUAUCUGACAAGAGUAUAUUGCCUAGCACUACUUUUUACCAGUUCGAAAAAAUGACUUCUUUGUUAUUCAGAGUUGCUGUGGGGUGAACUUAGUACCAAUAUCCCUAGUAGCAUAAUGGCACUCUCAAAAAUGGUAUUGUAGAAAGCUGAGUAUUGGGUGAACUGUUUCAGGACAGAUGACUUCAAAUAAAAUUUAGCUGGUUGCUAUUUUGUAGUCCAGAUAGUUCAGUCCUUUGAUCUGUGGUAGUCAUCAGAGGGGACUGGACAGAUACACCAACUGGAAAGGGUCUCCAGUACCAUUUGCUGAGCUGCAGAAAACCACUCCUUUGCCAGCCAUUUCUUCCUGUUGAUCUCAGGUUUACCUCCCUUCUUCAUGGUGCCCUAGAAGAAUUAUUUUGGACAUGUGGUGUGCAGGGUCACAUGGCCAGAAAAGACUACAGUGAUCCUUUAUAAAGCUGAUAAGUACAUAAAGUCUCUCCUAAAUGCUGCCUGCUCCUGUGUCACUUAAAUUCUCUGCAGCUCUUUCAACUAGUUCCAGCAACUGUAAACAGUAAAUAUCUGUAUGAUCUCAAUGCUUUUUUCCCCAGCGUAUGUGUGCACAUGCAUCUAUACAACCAAGUAUGCAACUUCAAGGAUGACAAGAUACUUAGCUCCCUGACACGGCCUGAUAUAUUCUAGAUAAUAUGUAACCAUGUGUGGGGUUUCAUACUUUGCUAGAAUAUGCUGUCUCUUGCCAGGUUUAAAAUAAAUAUGUUAUCAAAGACAAAAUUUGCAUACAUUAUAAAACAGUUACAAAAUAACCACUGCUACUUCUAUAAGCAGCAUCUAAUCACUGCAGGACAAUUAAUGCACAAAAUUUGGAUGGAGAUAAUAAGAUUAAGUGCACAUUUACUUAAAUGAAUUAAAUAGAAAAAUUGGAAACAUAAUACUAGUACAGUGGAUUUGAAUGCAUGUUUUGAGGUGAAGCUGCAGAAAACCAUGGCUCAUCUAAAUGCAGUUAUGAACUGCAAGAAACCAAAAUGUUUAAGAAAAAAAUUGCAACGACUUUUUAUUUUCUUAUUGGUUUGGGUAUCAAAUUCUUUCCUCCAGUGGUAAGGUGACCAGACGUCCUGCUUUAGGCGGGACAGUCCCGAUUUUGACCUCGUGUCCCGCCUGAAUAUCGGGCGGGACGCACAAUGUCCCGCUUUCUGGCUUUCUGGCAAGUCCAUCAAAUGUCCCAGUUGUCUUUAAAAAUCACUUUUUUCGGCGUUCUUUGACGGUGACGACACCAUCAUCGGCACUUGUCCUGCUUUCGCCCCCGAAACGUCUGGUCACCUUAUCCAGUGGCCAACUAUUUUUGCUGCGUGUCAAUCCACGAAAUGUUACCUCUGUCUCCAGUCUCCUUUGAACACAUUCCUUCUGAAAUACAGUUAAGGUGAAUGUCAUAACAGCGAGAUCCUCACAGUUAUGUGCUACAUGGUAUUUUUCAGCUGGCAGAAAAGGGAUAAAUCCUCUCAACAUCCAGAAUUUCUAAAUUUAUCUUUUUACCUUUGGCACAAAAGAACAGGACGUGCAGUCAGUUUCUUGUACACUCAUCUCCCCUCCUUCAGGUUGAACAAUGCUUUCCUCUUUACCCAAUAUUUAUUAUUUUAAACAGAAUAAGUGAUUGUAAAAAAUCUGUGACUAAUAAGAUUAUAAGAGUUUUAUUAUUAAUUAAAGGAACCAUUAUUACGAGCAUAAAUAUGGGGUACGCAUAAUUUGAAAGCAUGAUUUAAAAAAAAAAUUGAUUUGGAUAUCUCUGCCAAGUUGGUUUAAAGCACAAAAUAUGAUUGCAAUUUAAGCAUAAAAUUACACAAAUUCUUAAAUAGCAAAGUUUCUGCACUCAAGUCCUUUUCUGAUUAAUACCCAUUUGUUACAACUAUUUAUCCAUGUAUUUAUCAGCUGUUGAGUUUUUGUUAUUCUCAGAAUAUGGCUGUGAUAUGUAAAGAAUGCUAUUUAUCAAACCUGUCUUUGUCAGCAUUUGCAAUCAAACUUUGUGAUUUUGUAUCUAAAUACCUUUCCAUAAUUGUAACAUACAUGAACUAAUGCACACACAAAAGCUCUGUUUUUACUGCAGCUGUGGUCUUUCUGUUUUUCAGUGUUCAGUUAAGUCAGAGAAUUUGCCUGAUAUCUGCAUUUUUUUUCCUUGAGUCAUUUCAAGUUAAGAUGGAAGUUGAUGUGCUUUUUGGACAUUUAUUUUUGUGGCCUUUUAACUUUUAAAGUUCUUAUGCUAUCUUUAGCCAGGAAAAUUCCUGGACAGUAGGGUGAAAUGUGUCUUGCUCCAUGGGUAGUAAAAGAAAACCAAGUCUGCAACCCUCUCUUGUGAAAUAAGCUCUGAGUACCAAAGUGUACUAUGGCUGCAACAGGUGCACAUUUUCUGAAAGGGGUUGAUGAAAGCAGGAUGUGGGAGAAGGAAUUAGAUUCUAUUUUAACUGAAUUCCUGUGUGAACUUUUUUCUUUACUGUUUGAUCAGAGUGAAUUGUUCUUUUAAUUAAACAAUGCAACAUUUUGCUAAA